AUGUGUGACAUUAAAAAAACCUUGGACUUGGGAGGAGCAUCUAUCUUAGAAAUGCCUUCAGGAACAGGUAAAACCGUAUCAUUGCUUUCGCUAUGUGUUGCAUAUCAGAUGCAUUAUCCGGAGCAUAGAAAGAUUGUAUACUGCUCGCGUACGAUGUCAGAGAUUGAAAAAGCAUUAAUUGAGUUACAAAAGUUAAUGGAAUUCAGAACACAAGAAUUGGGGUAUGAGGAAGAGUUCAGAGGUUUAGGUUUAACUUCCAGAAAGAACUUAUGUUUACACCCAACUAUUUCAAAAGAACGUAAGGGUGUUGUUGUUGAUGAAAGAUGUAGACGUAUUACUAAUGGUCAAUUGAAAGAGAAGAUGGAAAAGGAAGGAUCUACUGACCAACUGUCUCUAUGUUCCUUUCAUGAAAAAUUGUAUGAUUAUGAACAGCACAACUUGAUACCACCAGGGGUAUACUCCUUUGAUUCAUUAAUCAAAUUUUGUCAGAACGAAGGUACAUGUCCAUAUUUCACAGUCAGAAGAAUGAUCCCCUUCUGUAACAUUGUUAUAUACUCCUAUCAUUAUCUUUUGGACCCCAAGAUCGCUGAUAGAGUUUCCAAAGAAUUACUGAAAGAUAGCAUUAUUAUCUUCGAUGAGGCACACAAUAUAGAUAAUGUCUGCAUUGAAUCCCUUCUGUUGGACUUGACAGACGAUACGUUAAAGAGAGCAACGAGAGGUGCCCAUCAAUUAUCUGAAGCUGUUCUGGAUAUGAAGAAACAAGACUCGGAAAAGCUUCAAAGUGAGUAUAAUAAAUUAGUGGAAGGGUUACGACAAUCUGAAAUCGCCAAUACUGAAGAAGAUUUUUUUAUGAACUCACCUGUACUUUCUAAAGACUUGCUUGAUGAAGCUAUACCGGGUAAUAUAAGAAGAGCAGACCAUUUUGUUGCGUUUUUGAAAAGAUUCAUUGAGUACUUGAAGACGAGAAUGAAGGUUCUUCAUGUCAUUAGUGAAACCCCCAUGAGUUUUUUACAGCAUUUAAAAGAGUUAACAUUCAUCGACAAGAAGCCGUUACAGUUUUGUUCUGAAAGAUUGCUGUUGUUAGUACGGACUUUGGAGCUUGAUAAUAUUGAGGACUUCACGGCUUUGAAGGAUAUAGCAACAUUUGCCACCCUUGUGUCGACAUAUGAGGUUGGUUUCCAAUUAAUUUUAGAACCUUUUGAAACCGAAGGAUCUACAGUGCCUAAUCCCAUUUUACACAUUACCUGCUUAGAUGCCUCUAUAGCGAUCAAGCCAGUUCUUGAGAAGUUCCAUGCCAUAAUAAUCACCUCAGGAACUAUAUCUCCAUUGGACAUGUAUCCCAAAAUGUUAAACUUCUCCACAGUUGUACAAGAGCUGUACUCAAUGACUUUGGCGCGUCGAUCUUUCUUGCCAAUGGUUGUCACCAAGGGAUCUGAUCAAGUAUCUAUUCUGUCUCGUUUUGAAAUCAGAAAUGACCCAAGUGUUGUCAGAAACUACGGGUCCUUAUUAAUAGAAUUUUCAAAGAUAACUCCCGAUGGGUUGGUUGUAUUCUUCCCCUCGUACCUUUACAUGGAAUCAAUUAUUUCCAUGUGGCAAAACAUGGGAGUAUUAGAUGAGGUAUGGAAAUACAAGUUAAUUUUAGUUGAGACCCCUGAUGCUCAAGAAACAGCACUUGCGUUGGAGACUUAUAGAAAGGCAUGUUCAAACGGUAGGGGGGCUGUUCUUCUUUCUGUUGCCAGAGGGAAAGUUAGUGAAGGGAUUGAUUUUGAUCAUCAUUAUGGAAGAACUGUGUUGAUGAUAGGUAUACCCUUCCAAUAUACGGAGUCACGUAUAUUAAAAGCUAGACUUGAGUUUCUAAGAGAUCAGUAUCAAAUUCUUGAGAAGGAUUUCUUACUGUUCGAUGCUAUGAGACACGCAGCACAAUGUUUAGGACGUGUUUUGAGAGGGAAAGAUGACUAUGGUAUUAUGGUUUUGGCAGAUCGUCGUUUCUUGCGGAAAAAGAACCAACUUCCUAAAUGGAUUGCACAGGCAUUAUUAGACUCUGAUACCAACUUAUCUACAGAUAUGGCACUUUCCAAUGCCAAAAAGUUUCUUCGGAGUUUGGCUCAGCCCAGUAAUCCCAAGGAUCAGGAAGGUGUUAGUGUAUGGAGUUUGGAGCAAUUGGAAGAAUUCCAGAAACAAGAAAGGGGUUUGGGAAUGUCUACCGGUGAGAAACAAAGAAUACAAGAGAUUUCUAACAACAAUGAUUACGAUGGAAGGGGUGAUGAUGGAAACUUUAUGGACAUUGAUGAUGACGAUUUGGAUUUGUUAUAG